AUGAGCGAUAUCGAAGUUGAAGACGAACAAAGCCCCAACCCAAGAUUUUGGCUCGAGUUUCGCACUUUUGACGAUGGCUUCUCUUCAAGAUCCAGCUUACCGUCGUCAGCGCUCACCGCAUUUCCUCAAUUCGCACAACUCCCGCCUGAAUUGCGCCUGCGAAUCUGGUCAUUCCUCGUCCAACCCCGCAUCGUCGUCGUGUGCUGUCUUCAGCGCGAUGAGCGCCUGGACCAAAGACGCUAUGAAUUGAAUCAGCGGUCACACGGUAGCUCAGUGCCUGUGCUUCUGCACAUCAAUCGCGAAGCGCGCUACCUGGGCCUGCAACACUAUGAGCUUGCCUUUGGAUGGCGCAUUUCGAAAAUACUCUCUGAUACACCCGUCUCUGAGCCGCCACGAGUCUGGUUCAACUUCGACCUCGAUUGCGUCUAUCUAGCAGGUGAACUAGAAGCGUACGACAUCUACGGGUUUAACUCGGCCAUGGUAUACUUCCUACGCCGGGAGGACACGCAUAGGGUUAAGCAUCUAGCAUGUGUGCUUUCAGAGCUGGGCUACGCGGAGCAGGAGAGUGAUCAGGUGUUUGGGUGCUUGUGGCAUGUUGUUGAUGGGUUUCCUGCUGCUAAGAGGGUGUUGCUGACGGUUGGUGAGGGGGAUGAGGAAGCAUUGAAGGGGAGUAAGUUGAGGAGUACAGAUAAUGUGAUGCAGAAGAUCUGGAACGGGUUUCUGGGUGGAUCUGCGAAAGAGAACAGUUCGAGGAUGGCGGAUAAGUCGAUGGUGAUGAUCGAGGAAGAGAAUCUACCAGAAUUCGUGGCAAGUCACUAA